CUUCCAGACACAAGUCUCUCUCACUCACUCCCUGCGUCACUCGCUUGUAGGGAACGGCGUCGCCCACCUCUCUCCAUUUCUCUCAUUUACUCACAUUUUCUUUUCAGUAGAGAAAAGGAAUCGAGCCGCCGCCCACACCGUGUCUCGCCAAGCUCUUCCGGCAUAUCCGCCGCCAAGAGUUAGAACUCGUGCUGGGCAUUUGCUACAAUUUGUCGAACUUUCAGUAGUUUUGAUUCAGUUAAAUUGUUGAGUUUUCUUACAUGGCGGGUUGUUCGUCAAGUAUUGGAAUAGCCCAUUUCAAGAAUUCGGAAAACGAGGUCGUUCUUCCAAGGUGCUUUAGCUCCAAGAGUCUGGCAGCUGCUAAGUUUCCAUGUUUCGGUAUUAAUGGAACUAGAACAAAUGGGCAUUUCCUGUGUAAAAGAAUAAGGCAGAGACUUGUAAUUGUAAAUAUAAUGAACCCUGAGGCUGAGCCUCAAUCAAGUAUAGCGGCGACUACCAUAACUGAACGAGGUGACAUUGGUUUCGCGGGAAAAGAUGCUAAGGUUAUUGAAAGGAAUUAUGUUUGUGGUGACGGGGAUUCCAUUGAUGGGAGUGGAGGGGACGGAAAAUUUUCAGGUGGCGGAGGUGGUAGUGGAGGUGGGGAUAACGACGGCGACGAUUAUGAAGAGAAGGAGUUUGGCCCAAUAUUGAAGUUUGAGGAGGUGAUAGAGAUGUUGGAGGCUGCCAAGACCGUGGGUUUACGCAAGGUGCUUCUGCAUAGAUAUUUGGAUUUGCAGGGGUCAGCGUGGCCACUCGGGUUUCUAAUGCAGUCCUCUGCUAUGCUCAGGAACAGGAUGUUGGCUGAUCCAUCAUUUCUAUUCAAGAUUGGAACUGAGACGUUUGCGGAAGUCAAAAAGAGAGGGAAAGACUUCUGGGCAGAAUUUGAACUGUAUACUGCUGAUCUCCUAGUUGGGGUGGUUGUUAAUGUUGCUCUAGUUGGGAUGUUAGCUCCAUAUGCUCGAAUUGGACAACCGUCUGCAUCUCAAGGAUUUUUCGGUCGUAUGCAGAGAGCUUAUGCUGCACUUCCUAGCAGUGUUUUUGAAGCAGAAAGACCUGGGUCUAGAUUUUCAAUAAACCAGAGGAUUGCCACCUAUUUCUAUAAGGGAAUUUUAUAUGGAUUAGUUGGGUUCGGAUGUGGUAUUAUUGGUCAAGGAAUUGCAAACCUAAUAAUGACAGCCAAACGGAGCAUUAAAAAAUCAGAGGAUGACAUUCCAGUUCCACCUCUUAUAAAGAGUGCAGCACUUUGGGGUGUUUUCCUGGCAGUGUCUUCCAACACUCGCUAUCAGAUUAUCAACGGGUUGGAACGUUUAGUUGAAGCAUCUCCAUUGGCAAAGAAGGUUCCACCUGUUGCAAUGGCUUUCACAGUUGGUGUGCGAUUCGCCAACAAUGUCUAUGGUGGCAUGCAGUUUGUGGAUUGGGCUAGGUUGACAGGUGUGCAAUGACUAAAUAAGAAGCAUAGAAACAUGGCCGCAUGGGGUUCUGAAUCUUCUGAACCGCGGGAAAUCCUUUGAGCGUUUCUUUGUAUGUUGUACUUCAAGUUGGGGGCAAUUUGUGUAACCCCAGUAGUAUCUUUUUCUUAAAAAAAACUGCCUUUGCCCGAUUAUUACGGUUAUGUUGUUGACUUGAUUAUCUCUGAACCUAAUGGUAAUAUGUUGGAAUA